AUGUCACGCCGCGCCCAAAUUGAAGAAGUCUCUGACUCUGACCCAGAGGAGGUCGCCCCCGGCUAUGAUUCUGACGAGGAACUCCCUAGCAAUGCCAUUCUCGCGCCCGUAAACGUCCCGACCAAGGCUGCCCCCCAACCUCAACAACAACAGAUGCCCAUGCCAUCGAUGCCGGUGCCCGAGCCUCAACGUGAAAUUCCCCGGCACUUCUCAUGCUUGUACCCAGUGUACUUUGAUAAGACCCGAUCGCGCGCCGAGGGCCGGAAAGUGGGUGCGGAGCUCGCAGUCGAAAACCCUCUUGCCAGAGAUAUUGUCGAUGCCGUCCAGUUGCUGGGCUUGAAUGCUGGUCUGGAGCCUGAGAAGCUGCAUCCCAAGGAUUGGGCCAACCCAGGUCGUGUGCGUGUGCAGGUCAAGAACGAGGAUGGUCAAUUGGCCAACCCGAAGAUUAAGAAUAAGAACCAUCUUUAUAUUCUCGUCGCACAGUACCUGAAAGCCAACCCCACCACCGAACAAUCACCCUACCGGCUACGGAUCCGUGGCCUACCCAUGCCUGAGAAGCUUCCCGCAGCCCCUGCUGCCCCGCGCGGUUGGAAGAUCGGGAAAAUUCUACCCAUUCAUUCGCCCGCUUAUAGUGGUGGUGGUGUCAGUGACAAUCCUCUCAAGGACGCAAUGGCCGAGAUGCAGGGUAUGCAGGGUAUGCCGGGUAUGGAGGGAAUGCCUGAUAUGUCACAAAUGAUGAGCCAAAUGGGAGGAAUGGGUGGACUGAGCAACAUGUUGAGUGGACUGGGUGGAUUAGGUGGGAUGGGAGGAAUGGGCGGCGAGCCCUCCGGGGCAGGCGCGGAUAAGAAAAAGAAGGAAAAGAAGAAGGGCAGGGGAUGA